AUGGAGGAGUCGAAGUUAAAGCGCAUGCACCUGCUCGAGUACCUAGAAUGUCUGCCACGUGAAAAUGGGUGAGUGGGUUUGGGCAGUAUAGAGAAUGUAUCUCCCACCCUCGGACAGGGUUGAAUAGCAAAGUUGGCAUGUGCGUGCAAGCCCUUCUUCCGAACAAGAUGGCUCGGCGGUGUCCCUUACCAGUGCCGGGUGACUUUUCAAUCAAAGCGCAUGCACCUGCUCGAGUACCUAGAAUGUCAACCACGUGA